CUCGCGGCAUGGUCCCUCUUAUAUGGCUGAAGCCCAUGACGUGAUUGCCAAUUCAGCUUACACCUGUACCGAGGAUGGCACUGAGAUCUAUGACAUAAACGGAUUUCGCAUCACCCAGGCAGCCGAUGGCCUGGUGAAGGUCACUCGUGUGGACAACAAGUGCUUGAUUCGCACCAGUCCCGGCAAUGGAUCGGCCACUUUGACCACACCUGGCAUCCAUUGCACUGCCUCUCUGGGCAAGACCUCGCAUCUGUUUGUUCGUCGCAAUGAGAAGCGCAUGCACUUCUAUGGAUCCUGUUUCAUUGUACGCAACGCCGGACCCUCCGCCGGCUUCAAUGAGAACAGCCUGCUGAUUGUCUACUGAGCGGCGUUCGUAGUCCGGAGAUAGAAACGGCGCAGUGGUAGCCCAUCCCACACGCACACACUCACACAUGUCAACACAUUUCACCUGGAACACAUACAUAGACACCUACAGCAGCACACUUGAGGGACCUUGACGUGGAGAGAGGGAUUCAGUUAGGAUCCCGA